AUGCUGCCCGCCCUUCGCUCCAUCCAGAAGUUGCAGCGUGCCUCGGCUGGCGCCUCGCGUGCCUUUGCCGCCGCCGCCAAGCCCUUUAACGCGGACUCGUACGAGCAGAAGUACCUGGCCAAGACGUACAACCCGGACGGCGUGCGCGGCGAGCCUGGCCUCGUGUUCACGCACGGCAAGGGCAGCAAGCUGUACGACGAGCAGGGCCGCGAGUUCCUGGACUUCUACGCCGGCAUUGCUGUCUCGGGCCUGGGCCACGGCGACGAGGACUGGUACAACAGCCUCGUGGAGAAUGGCAAGAAAGUGACACACGUGAGCAACCUGUUCCACUCGAAGGCUCCGCUGGAGCUGGCCAAGACGCUUGUGGACAACUCGUGCUUCGACAAGGUCUUCUUCGGCAACUCAGGCACGGAGGCCAACGAGGGCGCGUACAAGUUCGCGCGCCUGUACGCCAACCGCGUCUCGCAGGGAACGCCUCUGGAGGGCAAGAAGAUCGAGUUCAUUUCGUUCAAGCACGGUUUCCACGGCCGUACCGCGGCCGCUCUGACUCUGACGCACAAGCCCAAGAUUCGUGAGGCCUUCAUGCCCCUCAAGCUCAUCUCGGACAAGACGGCCGGUGUCUUCAUCGAGCCCAUCCAGGGCGAGGGCGGCCUGUACCCGGCCGACCCGGAGUUCAUGCGCGAGCUGCGGGCUCUGUGCGACAAGCACGACGCCAUGCUCAUUGUGGACGAGGUGCAGUGCGGCCUCGGCCGUACGGGCAAGCUCUUCGCCCACGAGCUGUACGACGUGACGCCCGACAUCAUGACGCUGGCCAAGCCUCUGGCCGGCGGCCUGCCCAUUGGCGCCGUGCUCAUGUCCAACAAGGUGGCGUCGGCCAUCACCCCGGGCCAGCACGGCACCACGUUCGGCGGCAACCCGCUCGUGUGCGCCGUGGCCAACACGGUGCUCCACAAGAUCAUGGACGAGGACUUCCUGGCCAACGUGCAGAAGCGCGGCAACUACCUGGCCAGCCGCCUGGAGAAGCUGCAGCAGAAGUUCCCCGACAAGGUCGUGGACGUCCGCAAGCCCAUCGGCAAGGGCGGCCUGUUCGUGGCCCUCGAGUGCUCCAAGCCCGUGGGCCCGCUCAUCCAGUACGCGCUGUCCAAGCAGGUGCUCAUCAUCUCUGCCGGCGAAAACACGAUCCGUCUGUGCCCGCCCCUUGUUGUGGACGAGAAGGACAUCGACCAACUUCUUGAGGUCUUCGAGAAGGCCUUCGAGGAGGACGUCCUGUAAAUCGCUGAAGCCGAGCUAUAACACACAGAAAAAGUCGAG